UACUUGACUCUAUCUAUUGUUGUUGCAUUAUAUUUUUGCCAUUUGUAGGUCGAUUUUUAUCGUAUAUAAUAAAUAAAAUGUAAGGAGAUCAAAAUGCCGCGAUUAGCACCUAUGAGGAUUAGUGUUAGGGAUUGUUUAAUUUUGGUUUUAUUAGUCAUUUUUAACACAAUACAUAUUACUGAUAUGGCAAACAGUAAUAAUAUGGAACGAUCAAGCAAAGAAAGUAAAUUGAAGGAUACCAAUGAUAAGGGAGUGAGCUUCAGUGAAAAUGAAGAGUACUUAAAAAGUUGCUCAGGUAAUACGUCCGAUUGUUCGACGCUGCAGUACCCUUGCAUAGAGUGCCACCGGAACAACGACUGUCGAUAUGGCAGUGUGGAUAAUUACACAUGUGAAGUCAAGCCCAAAGUAUCUUGUAAUGGUCCAAAACAAUUCAACAGGACUGCAAUGUGUCGCUAUUGCUACCAAACUGACAAAUGGGAGCAUCGCUGUGAACAGAAAGCCAACUGCAACUCCCUUGCCUCUCCUCUCAAGUUUUAUGCGACCAAUUGCACAGUCUCUGAUGAUGUAAUCUGCCUUGGAAAAAGGAGAUUUUUAAAAAAGAUUCGCUGUUCAUGGACUGGAGGCACUCGCUGGGGUACAGCCCUUAUUCUAGCUUUGACUCUUGGAGGGUUUGGAGCUGAUCGGUUCUAUCUCGGGCACUGGCAGGAGGGUAUAGGGAAAUUGUUCAGCUUUGGAGGCCUUGGAGUUUGGACUCUGGUUGAUGCAUUGCUUAUCGGCAUUCACCACUUAGGGCCAGCUGAUGGCUCUGUGUAUAUUUAGUCUUUUAAGUAUGAAUACGUUAGUAAGAGUAUCUGUGAAAUUGUGUUUAGGGUGUCUGAAAUAAUAAUGUUAUUUAUUAAAUAGUUAAGUCUAC